CAUUUCAACUAUUGUUUUAAAUUUGAAUCAAACCAGUUUUUCUCUUAUAGGAUAAAUUCUAUUUCGAGUUCCAUAUCUUUUGUAUUUAUUUUUAGAGUUAGUCCGUUGCAAAGUGAGAAACAUCUUUGGUUUGUUGGACAUCCUAAUCAACUAACCUCAGAAUCUCUAUCCAACCUUUAAAACCAUAAACAAAAAAAUUUAAAAAUUUAUUAGAAAGAAUAAGUUUUAUCAACAAAUUAACGAUGCUGAAGGGAGCAGUUUCCUUAGUAACAGGUGGUGCUUCAGGUCUUGGUAAGGCUACAGUGGAAAGAUUUAUUCAGCAAGGCUCCAAAGUUGUUAUCUGCGAUCUCUCAUCGUCUAAGGGAUAUGAAUUAUCAAAAUCAUUAGGUGAAGACAAAUGUGUGUUUGUUCCUGUGAAUGUAGUCUCUGAGCAAGAUGUAAAAAAUGCAUUGGAGGUAACCCAAAAAACAUUUGGAAAAUUACACAAUGUAGUUAAUUGUGCUGGAAUUGGAGUAGCUUUUAAAACCUAUAAUUUUAACAAAGGUCUUUCACAUGAUAUAGCUGAUUUUCUUAAAGUUCUUGAAGUGAAUACGAUAGGUACUUUCAAUGUCAUCAGAUUAGCUGUAGGUCUUAUAGGUAAAAAUAAACCAAAUAAAAAUGGGGAAAGAGGAGUUAUAUUAAAUACUGCCAGUACAGCAGCAUAUGAUGGAGAAAUUGGACAAGUAGCAUAUGCAGCUUCUAAUGGGGCAAUUGUCGGAAUGACUCUGCCAUUAUCUAGAGACCUAGCCUCUCAAAAAAUCAGAGUUGUAACAAUAGCACCAGGUCUUUUCCGAACUCCAAUAUUAUCUGCUUUACCUGAGAAAGUAGUAGCUUUUCUAGAAAAAUCCGUACCUUUUCCUCCAAGGUUAGGAAAUCCUGACGAAUUUGCUAUGCUAGCUGAAAAUAUCAUUGAUAAUCCAAUGUUGAAUGGGGAGACUAUAAGACUAGAUGGUGCUUUGAGGUUGCAUUUUUUAUUUUCCGCGACGAUUGGUUUUCUCAUAAAAAUGUUAAAGGGUGCAGUGUCUUUGGUUACGGGUGGAGCUUCUGGUUUAGGAAAAGCCACAGUUGAAAGGUUAGUUCAACAGGGAAGCAAAGUUGUUAUAUGCGAUCUACCAUCUUCCAAAGGCAAUGAAUUAUCCAAAGGUUUAGGAGAUGAUAGAGCUGUUUUCGCACCUGUUGAUAUUACUUCCGAAAAAGAUGUGAAUGAAGCAUUGAAAUUGACCAAAGAUAAAUUUGGAAAGCUAAAUUACCUUGUAAAUUGUGCUGGAAUAGGAUCUGCUAAUAAGACAUAUAAUUUCAAAAAGAAUCAGCCACAUAGUUUAGAAGAUUUUACUAAAGUACUUACUAUAAACACUUUAGGAACAUUCAAUGUUAUCCGAUUGGCAGUAGGACUAAUAGGUCAAAAUGAAGCAAACGAAAGCGGCGAACGAGGUGUUGUUGUAAACACAGCUAGCGUUGCAGCAUUCGAUGGACAAAUGGGCCAAGUGGCAUAUUCUGCAUCUAAAGGAGGUGUCGUUGGAAUGACUUUACCCUUAGCUAGAGAUUUAGCUACCCAAGGCAUUAGGGUAGUUACGAUAGCCCCAGGACUGUUUAGAACACCAUUAUUGGACCAGUUGCCAGAAAAAGUUAUUGCAUCUUUAGAAAAAUCUGUUCCUUUCCCUUCAAGACUGGGAUAUCCUGAAGAAUAUGCUCAGUUGGUGGAAAGUAUCAUUAGAAAUCCAAUGUUGAAUGGAGAAGUCAUAAGAUUAGAUGGUGCCAUUAGAAUGCAACCAUAAUUAUAGUAACUCAUAUUUUCUUUGAUUCGAAAUAAUAAAAAUUAUU